GUUUCGGAAAAAUAAAAAUAAAAAAAAAAGAAUUUUAAUAGCCAUUUGGAUUCCGCCGCAUAAUAAACUCACACAACACAACGCACCUCCAUUUCGUGUCACUUUUUGGCGGUUCUAGCCUUUUUCGGUUUCAAUUCAACACUUCCAGGGAUCGGUUACUUCCAGAUUGCUGCUUGGUGUCAUGAACUCACGAGGAUAAUAUUCAAAAGAGCAUUAGAUGGAUCGGAAAGAUUAUUUGCGUAAGUGUUCCAAUAUGAAAUGCCAAAGGGUUAAAGUGGAUGAAUCUGUACCUAUCCUCCAAGAUGAAGUAAUGGAAGUUGAGCAUUUGCUUGCAGAACCUAGAAAUGAUCAUGUUUCAGUGGAUGGCAGUUUAUAUCCUCAUACAACUUUGAAUGGCAAGGAUGAUUUGGAACUGGAGGUCCUUGACGGAUUGCUGGAUGAUGUUGAAAUCAAUGAUCUCGGAGGAACUGAUUUUUUCCCUGGUUCAUGUGGAGAGUAUUUUUUGGAUUUUGAAUUUGCCAACAUAGCUGAGACACCAGGCUAUGAUCCUUGUGAAGGUUCAUUUUUGCAAAACUCAAGUUCGGAAAGUCAUUCUUCAGGCUUAAGUGGAAGUAGCAUAAUUGGUGGCGUCUCAGAAUCAACAAAAAUACCCAUUUCACAAUCUGAAUGCAAAAAAAAUUCUCAUGGUGCCUUCAGGAACCAUCCAGGUCAACCAUCAAAUGUGGAUUGCAUGUACAACAUUUCACUUGAUUUACAUCAUUUGCAUGGGUUGAAUAAUGAUCAUCCUUUGACUGGUGAUAUAUUGUCAUACGAGAAGGAAGAUAUUUCUGUCGAGAAAUGCAAAACUUCUGCACCCAGAGAGAAGAGAUUCCGAAAGCCCACUCAGAGGUAUAUAGAAGAAUUUUCAAAUUCGAGGUCAAAGGAAAAAGUACCCACUACUGCUACCAAAAAUAAAAAUUUGGGUGUGUCAUCUUGUGAUGAACUUCAAAUAAAAAUUAAAGCAUUGAAAAAAAUUACUGGCAAGAAGUCUAGUGAUGGAAAUAGUGAUGUGACGCUUUCUGAGCUGCAAGUUCGCAGGGGACGUCCAAAGAAAGAGAAACUCGAGUAUGACAACGGGCCAUCUCCAUCGGAGUCUGGGGAUGAAUAUUUCACACCAAAAAGUUCGAGAGGGAAAGAUCGAAGACAGCAUCAGAGAAUGUGGACUCUCUCUGAAGUGGUAAAUUUGGUUGAUGGCAUAUCUGAAUAUGGAGUUGGUCGAUGGACUGAUAUCAAGAGGUGUUUGUUUUCUUCUUCAAGCUACCGAACUCCCAUUGAUCUCAGGGACAAGUGGCGUAACCUUUUAAGAUCCAGCUCUGCACAGAAAUGCAGCAAGAAAGAGGCUGAGGAAAACGACGACAUUGCCCUACGUCCCUUACCAUCUAAUGUGGCACGCCGUGUGCGGGAAUUGGCUAAAAUUCACCCAUACCCAAGGCAGCGCGGCUCAAAGAAAUCCGGCAUUAACCAAGUUGGUUCUGUGAUAGCUAGUCAAAAUAACCGUUCUUCUCCAAUUAGUCUUAGGAGAAGAGGUGUGCGUAUGAAGAAGUGAACUUAGAAGUAAACUCCUGUGUAAAACGGUCCAGUGAAUCCAUAGUCAACAAAAGAAUCUUGUUGAAAUUUAGGCAUCACAUUUGCAAAAUUUUGUACUUCCAUGUUAUUUCUGCUUGUGUAUCUACUACAGAGGCAUAGAGAUUUUUACAAGAGAUUAUGAAUUGUAAACUUGAGGAAUCAAUAGUUGGCCUGUGUAGUUUGCGAUGCCUAAUGCUUCAAGUUCGUCAAUAGCAUGGUUUCCUUUAGUGGACUUGUCA